AUGGAUGGUCGAUUCCCGAAACUUCGGAAGAAUGCCGAAGCAGCAGCGUGCUGCCUCUCACGUUACUCCUUCUUGUUCGUAAUGCCGACACUAGUGCGAGGUUAUCAGAGGCAACUGGAAGAGAAUGAUAUGUAUGAGCCACUGCCGGAGCAGGAUUCUGAAACAGCAACUCGGCGCAUGACUGAUUGUAUCCGUUCACUGAACUCAUUUUCAAAAAAGAAAAUGUCUCGUAUAAUACGCACUUAUAUUAAUGUUCAUUGUUCACACAGAGCUUGGGAAAAAGAAAAGCGGUUGGCCAGCAAGGCAAACAGGAAGCCGUCAAUGGUCAAAGUUGUAAGACGAAUAUUUGCCAAACGGUUUAUUCUAACGGGUAUUUUGAUAUUCGUUGAGAAUAUAUUUCAUUUGUUACAACCUGUUGCGCUGGGACUCUUGAUUCGAUAUUUCCGUUAUGAUUCGCCGCUUUCGAAGAGGGAUGCUUAUUUGGCAGCUCUGGGUGUGGGUAUGACUAGCAUCAUGAUACCGAUCAUUCAUCAUCCGUAUUUUCACUGUUUGUUAAAAUUUGGUUUGGAACUGAAAACCGCAUGUUCCGGAAUGAUCAUGGAAAAGGUUUCGAUUUUUUUUUUUCAAAAAUGUACUUCCUUUCUUGCCGUGAACGGAGCCGUUUCUCGAAAAUUGUGCUGCACCCGGAGGGAAUCGAACCACUGCUCUUUGCAUCCGGGCAAACGUGUUACUACUACACCACCGAUCCUUUUCUUUAGGUUCAGUCUGGCGGCACAUCUACUGUGUAUCUGCCUUUCAGGGCAAUGUACACCUUUCUUUUCUUCUCUGCAUCCUGUAGGCGGUUUCCAUCUUUUUUCUUUGUGA